AGGGGGUAUCUGCUUGACAGUGGAUCCCCGGGGAUCCGGACUGAGUUCGUGAUGCUCACGCUCUGGCUGCCCCUGUCUGAGUGGAGCUUUUCGGAGCCGAAGCUCAAAGGGAGAUGUGGAUCCUCGCGCGGCGUCUGAUUGGAGGAACCGCGCUGUAGGAUUCUUUCCGCAGGGAUCCAGUCUAGGGGAUUUGGUGGGGAGGGGGUGGGGACCGUCGGUGUGUGGGAGUACUGCUUUGGAGUCCUGCCACUCGCUGGGAGUGGAUGAGGAUCGCAGAGGAAUCGGCGGGAACUGAGCCUUCCAGGACCGGGAUCUCAGCUGAUCCCGGGGGGUCUCAGGGCGGAAUCUGCAGGGACAAAAGCCCCAGGAGGCUCGGGCCGUGAGAAAACUGGGACCGCUGCAAUCCAGGUUCUCGCGGCAAGUGUCAGGCAGGGCACGAGUGAUCCGCUGAUCGCGGCAGCGGCAGCGGGAAGACACCCGCUCCAGGCGGCCAGCCGGGGGCGCCCUUCCGCGCCCCACGGCUCCGGCCCGUGGGCUACCGGGAGCCGCGGGCGGACCAUGAAGGGCGGAGCCCCAGGGGAUGGGCUGGCCCUCACUCCCCGCUCCCCCGCUCCCCCCCUACCCCAGGCUGCCGCCUGGGAUCCCCCAGGGACUCCCCGGAGCCGCCGCUUCCCCCAUGGACUUGCCCGGGGACUCCAGCACGCCUGGCCGGCCGCGUCUGUGUCGCCAGCCCCUGACUCGAGCAUUAUGGGGAGCCAGGAGCUCCAAACGGCCGAGGCUGCAGCCCCUGGGGGCCCCUUCGCCCUUGGAAAAGGCCUCUCGGCGAGUCCUGGCUGUGGUGCUAGAAGAUGUCAUGGCUGCCCACAUGGUCCCCCUGGUUCCCGAAGAGGAGCCCUCCACCCCACAGCACCACAGCAACCUUCGAGAUUCUGUCCGCACCCAGCCACCUGUCUCGCCACCCCAACAGGCCAUGUGGUCCUCGCAGGCCAGGCCUCCCGACCCACUGCACUUAUGCCGAGAGCCCUUGAGCCGCAUCUACCAGCCCCCUUCUACCCUGAGGUGGCGAUCAAGGACAACCCCUGGCCCAGAGGAGGGCCCUUCACAAAAGGUGGACUGGGCCCCCCAGCCUACACUGGUGGUGGUGCUAGAAGACAUUGCCAGCCCCAGACCCCAAGCUGAGGGGUUCACCGAUGAGACUCCCAACUUUAUCCGCCCAGCGAGAAGAGCUGAGUCUAUGACGAUGGUUCACCAGCCAGUGCCUCUGCCCAGGGAUCUGGAAGCCCCGUUCCGGCCAUCUUCCUUGCCUGCAGACCCUGCGGAGAGCCCACCACCAGCCCCAGAUCCUGUUCUGGAGCCCCCAUCGACCCCACCGCCGUGCAGCCUUUUACGUCCCCGCCUCAGUCCCUGGGGCUUGGCUCCCCUCUUCCAUUCCGUCCGCUCCAAGCUGGAAAGCUUUGCUGACAUCUUCCUCACGCCCAACAAAGCCCCACGGCCCCCACCCCCAUCACCCCCCAUGAAGUUGGAGCUGAAGAUUGCCAUCUCAGAGGCCGAGCAGUCCAGGGCUUCUGAGGGCACUACAUCUGUCAGUCCCCGGCCCCCUAUCCGCCAAUGGCGGGCCCAAGACCACAAUCCCUCAGCACUUCUCUCUAAGCCCUCUCUGGGCCGAAGCCACUCCUGCCCUGAUCUGGGACCCCCUGGCCCAGAUACCUGCAGCUGGCCCCCUGCUCCACCCCACCCAAGCCGGCUCCGGCCCCGGCGGCACACUGUGGGUGGUGGAGAGAUGGCCCGAGCCCCGCCACCCCCUCGGCCCUGUCUCCGGAAAGAGGUCUUCCCUCUUGGAGGAGUGGGAGGCCCUCCUCCCCUCGUCACAUCUUGCUCGUCUACCGCAUCCACUUCCUCCUUCUCUGAACCUGCAGAACCCAGGUUGGGCUCAACCAAGGAGAAGGAGCCAAGGGCCUCAGAGGACCAGGUGCUCUCAGACCCUGAGACCAAGACCAUGGGAAAGGUUUCUCGAUUCAGAAUUCGCAGGACACCAGCCCGUUCUCAACUAAACCUUACCCCAAUGGGGCUGCCUCGACCAAUCAGGUUGAACAAGAAGGAGUUCAGCUUGGAAGAAAUUUACACCAACAAGAAUUACCAGUCACCUACAACCAGGAGGACUUUUGAGACCAUCUUUGAGGAACCCCGGGAGCGCAACGGGACUCUGAUUUUCACCAGCUCAAGGAAGCUCCGGCGGGCUGUAGAAUUUCGGGACAGCAGCCUUCCUCGAUCCCGGCGGCCAUCUCGCGGGGUCCGGGCUGCAGCUGGCAGGACCCUUACUCCCAAUCUGGCCCCCAGCCCAGAUGUGGGACCCCUGCUGCAGCAGCGGCUGGAGGAGCUGGAUGCCUUGCUCCUGGAGGAGGAGGAAGUGGAUAGAGAGCGGCCCCAUCGGACCUAGGAGCUCCAUCUGUUUGUCUGUUCAUCCGUCCUGGAGAGAGGGGAAGCCUCUGAGGCAGUUAUAUUUUUUUUCUCUAUAUUUCUAGUAAAGUUUUCGAUAUGUUUCUGA